AUUCCCGCAGAUCAGCGUCAAGGUGGAAAAGUUAAAACCGCAGGUGUUUCGGUGUUCUAACAGUGACCCGCAGCUCACAUGGAGAUCGUCCAUGUUUACACGAAGCUCCGCAGUGAGUUCGGCCGCCAGUACCUGUUCAGUGACCGGCCCACGGAGCUGCUGGUGGACAUCCCCCCAGACCCCAGCCUGGCCAUGCAGUUCAUUACCAAAACCCCCAGGGACCAGGCGACCCAGGCCUGCAGGGAAAUGUCCGAGCACCAGGUGAACACGGAGCGCUUUGAGUCUGAGAGUCGCGGCUUGAACCACAUGGAAGGGGGCUGGCCCAAAGAUGUGGACCCCAACGAUAUGGAACAGACAAUCCGCUUCAGGAAGAAGGUGGAGAAAGACGAGAGCUACAUGAACAGCAUCCUGCAGCUGGGCAGCGUCAUGGAUCACUACAUCCGACAGAACAAUGCCAUAAACAUCUACCAGGACUACUUCACUGAAGACCAGGACAUCGAUGAGGGCCAGGAGGCACCAUCUGCCAAGACCAUAAAUGUGUUCAGAGACCCUAACGAGGUGAAGAGGACGGUCACCUGUCUGUCCUGGCAUCCGGAUGGCGGCAGGAAGCUGGCCGCCGCCUACUGCUGCCUUGAGUUCCAGAAGUCUUCCAAAGACCUAAGCCCAGACUCCUACAUCUGGGACAUCGAGAAUCCAAACCAGCCUGAGCUGGCCCUGAAGCCGGCAUCCCCUCUUGUCUGUUUGGACUACAACCCCAAAGACCCCCACACCCUGGUAGGAGGCAGCUACAACGGACAGAUCGUGUACUGGGACACCCGGAGAGGCAGCCAGCCGGUGGAGCUGUCCUCUGUGGAACACAGCCACCGGGACCCGGUCUACAAGAUCAUCUGGCUGCAGUCCAAGACCGGGACAGAUGCCUUCUCAGCCUCCACAGAUGGACAGGUACUGUGGUGGGAUGUUCGCAAGUUAAAUGAACCCACAGAGCGUCUGGUUCUAGAUCCAGGUCGGGAGGGGAACCUGGACCGGGCUUUGGGAGCCAUCUCUCUGGAGUUUGAAGCCACUAUGCCCACUAAGUUCAUGGUAGGGACAGAACAAGGCCUCGUGGUCUCCUGCAACCGGAAAGCCAAGACUCCAGCUGAGAAGAUUGUGUGUACCUAUGAUGGACACCAUGGCCCCAUCUACGCUCUGCACAGGAACCCCUUCUUCCCCAAAAACUUUCUGACUGUCGGAGACUGGACUGCACGCAUCUGGUCUGAGGACAUACGGGACUCCUCCAUCAUGUGGACCAGGUACCAGAUGUCGUACCUGACAGAUGCCUGCUGGAGUCCGGUCCGGCCCUCUGUAUUCUUUACCACUAAGAUGGAUGGAGUGCUGGAUGUUUGGGAUGUCCUCUUCAAACAGAACAACCCCACACUCAGCCUCAAGGUAUGUGAUGAGGCUCUGUACAGUCUCCGGGUUCAGGAUAACGGGCGGUUUGUGGCAUGUGGUUCUCAGAUCGGAGCGGCCACGCUGCUAGAGAUCUGCUCUGGACUGUCGACGCUGCAGAAGAACGAGAAAAGUUUACUGGCUGCUAUGUUUGAGCGUGAGACUAAACGGGAGAAGAUCCUGGAGGCUCGUCAGAGGGAGAUGCGUCUGAAGGAACGAAGCCGAUCAGAGCAGAGCCGCGAAGAUGACACAGGACGAGACGCUGAUGGAGACGAGAGUCCCGAACAGCUGAUCGCUCGGGCGGAGGAGGACUUCUACAGCGUGGUGGAGGCAGAGCGGAAGAGGAGGGAGGAGCGACACAGGGAGAAAGGUGUGUGUGAAGAAAAAGAAGUCAAAGAUGAAGCUGUAAUACCAUUGUGAAGGAAAAUGUUCCACAUCAGGUUAUUUCUUCUUUUUCUGUUGAUUAAUAAAUUAUCUAAUUUUAAUAUUUCUACAUCCUGAUUUCUGGAAUCUAGAUCA